AUGGGCCAGAAAUUAUCACAGGAACCUAACGAGAAGAACAAGGCUGACAUUCUCAUUAUAAACGAGGUGUUCAGCCAAGGAGUGGUCCAUGCAUCUCAAAAGCUGAAAGAAUACCUUGGAUUUGAAGAUUCUCAGAGCAAAUUCCGCCCAGCCAUGGAUACUUUAAAUGAGAUCUUUUUGGUUAACUUCAUCAGUUUCUGUAUUGAAAAAGGAGUGGAGGAGCGUAUCACGACCAGCAAGAUGACGAAGCAACAGUCUUUGCUGCUUGGGAUCGACUGGAUCUGGACUUUAUCAGGAGCCGACAAACAAAUCAAUCUUCAGAUCGCCGUGCAGUCUUUGCAGAUGGCUGAGCUCCUCCAUGAUGAAACGGGGCCCAGCAAGGAAGCCACGUUAGCAGACCAGCCUUUCAAAAACAAAAGCAGGUUUGAGAAGCUUGAAGAGUUCUGCACGCUGGUGGGACAAGACUGCCUGGGCCUCUUUAUAAUGUUUGGAGUGCCAGGGAAGCCUAAGGAUAUCAGAGGAGUCAUGCUAGACAGCAUCAACAAGGAGAAACGAAAAAAUCACCUGUCAGGCGAGAAUGCUCUAAGGCAGUUCGUCUUGAACACUGACAGCUUCCUCUCCACAAAAGAAAUGCUUGAAAACUGCCUCUGUAAGAAAAAUGGGCUCAAGGAGGUGGGCAAGGUGUACAUUAACUUUCUUUAA